AUGGCAGAAGGCCAAAACGAGUGUGUAGAUUUCAAAGACGUAACGAAUGCUACAUUCCUUCGUUUCUGCGAAUACAUGUACACAGGGGACUACAGUUCCUUCCAGCCUGUCAAUACAUGGUCAGGAGAGGAAGAGGGGGUGAUAGAGACUUACCAAUAUGAAUGGCACGAUUUUACAUCAUCCCGGAUAAACAGAAGCAAGAAAAUCUCCUAUCGCGAUGGGAGCACUCAAAUGACGAUCAAAACAAAGAAGACUAAGGCUUGGGAAGCUUUCGAAAGUCGCAGUCUCCCCACACCUUCUUUCGAUGUGAACCAGACUCCUGACGCACAGCACGAAGACGAUCCGACGCCAGUCGAAAUGCAACAUGCGCAGCUCUACGUUCUGGCCGACAAAUAUGACAUAGAGAAGUUGCGCAUUCUCUCUCUCUCGAAACUGCAUUCAGUGCUGAAAUCUCGAGGAUUGUAUACCGAAGAUGUUGACGUUGUCGUCGAACUGUUGGAAUACGCUUUCGAUAACACACCGGACCGAGAAGGUGACAUGGAUCCGCUUCGAUCGCUGGUCAGCGAAUACGCCGCGUGCGUCGUAGAGGACCUGUCAAAAAAUGCUAAAUUUGACGCUCUUGUCAGGGCCAACGGUGAUAUCGGAUGUGCUCUGUUACGGCAUACUGUUCAAAGACUGGAUUGA